AUGUGAUGUACUGAUUAUAUACUCUGCCAGAACAUAUUUACGGCCUUUUUUCGUAUUUUGAUAGUCAUUUAUAUUAUUCUUCCAAAAGAAAACGCAUUUAUGCAGAAUUUUAUUUUAUUUUAGUAUAAAAUAUUUAUAAUGAAAUUCAGAUAAAGAGCACAAAUAUAAAACUACUUAAUUUUUAAAUAACAUUUUCCAGAUAAACGGGAUUUUAAGACUCAUCCUCACCAGUGGAGCACUAUUGUGGACUUUGGAGAAGAGCAUCCCACAAUUUUUAGACCACAAUUCAAACAUGGUGACGGUGAUGCUAGACAAAAUGCGAUAUGUUGGGAGAAUCUAGUACAAUCAUUGAAUUCGAUGGGAUUUGGGUUUAGGAGUGUGGAGAAAUGGAAAAUGGCUGUUGGUAGAUGGAAAUCUAAGGUUAAGGCAAAAGCAGCACAGCUGAGGGUCGAGAGCCAUAAAACUGGUGGUGGCUGUUUAAAUGUUGCUCCGUUAACAGACACAGAGGAGCGACUAAUGAAAUUAAUUGGUUGGAAAUCAGUAACAGGGAGUAGCAAUGCAGAGCUGGGAUUGGGAUCCAUCCGGCCCAUCGCAGCACACCAGCCACUGCCAGAAUUGAAACCCUUCAUAGAAGGAAACACCAGUAAAACUGCAACACCAUAUCCUUAACCUUCUUGCAGCACAGUAUCGAAGUCGCCUCCAACACUAAGGUUACUUAAUCAAGAACCAACCAGAAAACGUAGUCGACUAUCUACUGAAAAAUCAAGGAAAUUUGUUUCCUUGGCAAAAAUGCAUCAGGAGGCCAUGGAGGAAAGGAAAACAUUGAGAAAUAUUGUCAAACGACAGGCUGAAGCCCAAGAAGCAAUGGCUGGAACACUUAAAGAACUUUUGGCCUAUAUAAGAAAAAAAGAUGAAAAAUGAAUAAACAUAAUAGUGCAUUGUAAACAAUGUGAUUUUAGUUUUAGAAGUAUAAAUCAUAUUUAUUUAUAGAAUUUAUUUUUGUUUGCUCUUAGAUUGUUUGACUGAAUAAUGAUUCAAGUUUUUUCGUUGUAAUGUUUGUUUGUGGAAAACCUUUGUUUUUGUUUCAUGGUGUUUUUCACAAUAAAAUAUUUUUUUUAAUUUUAGUUUCAUUUUAUUUGAAAUAUCUAUCUAACAUUUUGAAAAUACAAUUGUAUUAUGUUGACUCUCCUUGCCUGCCCUUGUUCAAGAACAUUGCUUACAAUAGCAUCCGACUCUGGAACAUCAUUAUCAUCUUGCUCCUCUUCUUGAUCUUCCAUAUCCAAAUUAGCCCUAACACACAUGUUGUGACUAGUGGCAUUGAUAAUUUGACCAGCUCUGAAGGGGGCAUAAUGUAAGACCCUGUCUUUCAAUAGACAACGAAACCUAUUUUUCAAAACUCCUAAAACAAAAUUUUCUCAUUUAGUACAAAAAUAUAUUAAAAAUAAACAUUUUUUAUAAAAUAUCUAUACAUCUUUCUACACAAUUCCUG